AUGGGGAUGGAUCUUUGGGUGCUUUUUGCUGCUGCCCUCGUGCAACAGCUCUUUGCCAUGGUUUGGUUUGGUCUCAUCGUCAAGACGAUUUCGGACUAUUAUCUUGCCGCCGACAAGGGCGUGCGGAAAGUUGGGCACAUAGUACACCGCUAUUCCCCUCCCUUUUGCGCCUUUGCUACAUUUGUUGCCGGUAUCGUCCGGGCCGUUGCGGUGUACACCGUUUUUACGCUUUGCAACGGCAAAGGACUGUACGACUAUCAGCAGGCUGGUGUGGUGGUUGCAGUGCUUGCAUGCAUUAAUCAGCACCAAUUCUUUUCGUGUCAACGCCCUUUGCCGCUGUUGUUCACAUACUGCGGCUACGAGCUUGCCGCCGCGCUUCUGGUCUCCAUCUCUUUUUUUGUCAUGCAAAAGUUCAAUGUCUAG